AUGGGAUUCAAGACGGCUUUUGGCCUCACUGGUCACGCUCUGAGCAUUCUACAAAUCGCCCUGAUUGUGGCUCCCUCCUUUGUUCUCUUUGGUUACAACCAGGCUGGCAUCGGAGGCCUGCUGUCUGAGGAAGAUUGGGUCAAGACAUUUCCCGAGAUUGAUACCGUUCACGCCACCGGUACCACCAAGAGCUCGAAGUCAACCCUUCAGGGGUUUGUCGUAGCAACAUUCGUGAUAGGUGCCCUCAUUGGUGCUCUGUCUUGUUCUUACACUGGAGAUAUCUUUGGUCGACGAAAUGUCAUCUUUGCCGGUGCCGUAUUCACCCUGGUCGGCGAAGUCCUCGAGGCGUCAUCAUUCAGCUUGGCCCAAUUCAUCGUCGGAAGGGUUUUGAUUGGAGCUGGUGUCGGCCAAUUAAGCUCCAUCGUUCCGGUAUGGCAAAGCGAGACUUCUGGAGCAAAGAACCGGGGACGCAGUGUCGUGGUGACUGGUCUAUUUAUCUGUUUAGGUUAUGUCCUCGAGUCCUGGAUUGACCUCGGUUUUUUCGAAUUUAAGACUGGUCCCCUCACAUGGCGUCCACCAAUUGCCAUUGCUGUUGCAUUCUCACUCGUCCUAAUGGCUUCCGUAUACGUCUUUCCUGAAUCACCACGUUGGCUUCUGAUGAAGAACCGAGUUCAAGAGGCUCGCGAAUCAUUGUCGGUUCUCAGGGGUCACGCUGAAGACAGCCUCGAGGUUCAGGCUGAACUGGCUGGUAUUGAGCUGUCCCUCGAAGAGACUUCGGGCAAUGCGGCCAAGCUCGGCGAUAUGCUGAAGAUGGGCGAAGAGAAGCUCCUUUACCGCUUCUUUCUGUGCAUGCUUCUUCAAUUUUACCAACAAAUGUCGGGCAGCAACCUCGUUUCUGUUUACGCCACCACUCUCUUCCAGACAAAUCUAGGUCUCAGCAGCGAGCUAUCCAGAGUUCUUACUGGUGGAGCUCUGACAUGGAAGUUUCUGUCGUCUUUCAUCGCUUUCGUCACCAUUGACCGCUUUGGACGACGAGCUGUCUUUAUUCUUUCGGGCAUUGGAAUGUCCUGUUGUAUGAUUGCACUGGCCGUUUCCACUUCCUUCGGUAAGGAGAACCGUGCUGCCCAGAUCGCAGCUGGUUGUUUCAUCUAUCUCUACAAUACCUUUGUCCCAAUCGGCUUCCUCGGCGCCAACUUCCUGUACUGCACGGAAGUUGCACCAAUUCGCCUCCGUAUGGCCAUGUCCUCCAUUUCAACAGCCAACCACUGGCUCUGGAACUUCGUGGUAGUCAUGGUCACUCCAGUUGCCAUCGAAACAAUAGGAUGGCAAUUUUACAUAGUCUUUGCCGUUAUCGCAGCAUGCGUUCCCGUCUCUGUAUACUUCCUCUUCCCCGAGACCAUGGGCCGCAACCUUGAGGAGAUCGACAUGGUCUUCCGGGAGUCGCCGUCGGUAUGGGCUACAGUACGGUUUGCCAGGUCGCGACCUGCACUUACCGCUGUGGAGUAUGCCGAGAAACAUGACAAUGUUGAUCACCUGGAAAAGACGGCGGAAUAG